CUGCGCCAUGGUCAUGCUGUUGUUGGCCGUGGUGUCCGUGAUGACGGGCAGCAUGGACGUGAGUGAAGACGAAAUGGCCUGGCGCGUGUUCGACGGGGACAACACGCAGUACUACGAGGCCUGGAGGAACGCGAACUGGCAGGCCAUGGGCAGGCCUGACGGCUUCUACCGCCGCAGGCGACUCGAGGAGGACGGCCCGCCGGCCGCCCAGGAGGAGGGCGGCUUCGUUGACUCCAAGUUCUCUGGCGAGUGGUGGUCGCUCUCGUUCUUGUACAAGAGUGACGUGGGCGCAUCGGAGACCGUGUUCACCCCAGAGCGCAUCCAGGAGAUGUGCCGCCUCGAGGCCCUAGUCGUCAGUGGUCUGCCCUCCACGUGGGCAGUCCGGGACUCGGCCGCGGAGCUCUUCUACGGCGGCGAGGCCGAGGGGUGCCAGCUGCUGAACCAGAGCACUGUGGACGCUCAAAUCCUGGUGAUGUACUUGGACAUGGCCGCCCAGCGCGAGGCCUCCGAAUUUGCGCGGUUCGUCCACCCGAGUUUCGUUACAAGCAACGUCAGCGCCUUCACCCGCACCGUCAUGGAGGUCUACGGCGGCCCGGGGCGCUCGGCGGAGGACCACAAGAUGGACCUCACGCAAGAGGUUCUCCUUCGGGACCUCGGUCUCGAGUACAGCUUCCUCAGCUCUGGGCUGACGGUCGACGAAGAUUGCUUUCGCCAGUCGGGCCCGUUGAGGGUCAGGCUCUCAUACGAUGCCGACGAGAUGGACUUCAUGAUCGUAGACGACUUCGUGCUGGCGUUCUGCGCGAUUGUCAUCGUGUUCGUCCUGGUGUACCUGUACCUGAACUCCGCCUUCCUCGCCGCAGUCACAAUGUACCAGAUCAUACUGUCCAUGCCGAUCGCGACCCUUUUGUACCGGCAGGUGUUUCUGAUCGACUAUUUCUCUUUCAUCCAUGUGCUGACAGUGUAUUUGGUCCUCGGCAUCGGGGCGGACGACGUCUUUGUGCUGGUCGACGGGUUCCGCCACUUUGCAGAAGAAAAACCGAUUGCGGCAGGCUGCUGCUACGGAGACGAGGAGCUCGUCAGCAUCUUCAAGUCCACCAUUGCCCGCAGCGGCCAGGCCAUCUUCAAUACGUCUUUCACCACCGCGGCCGCGUUCCUGUCGCAGUCGACUUCUAAGAUCAUGCCCAUGCGCCUCGAGGGCAAGCGGUGCUGCUGCCCCAGCCCCGCGGCGCGUCCCGAGGACGCCGGGGUUGGCGCGCCGGGCGACCAGCCCGCCGCCGCAGGCGGCGCCCAACCACUCGCGAAGGUCAGCAGGUGCAGUGCCAACGCGUGCUUCGAUGCGUUCUUAGGCAAGUUCUACAUCCCGAUGAUGCGCAAGCAGGUCGGGGGCGUCCGCAUAUUUGCCCUGGGGAUCGCCGCCAUCGUGCUCGCGAUGGCAGCCCACGGCGUCUAUUUCACGCUGCAGCUGACGCCGCCGACGGAGCCUGAGCAGUGGUUCCCCAAGAGCCACAUGCACUUCGAUGUCGCAAAGUUCUGGUCGAAUACCUUCUACGAGGCAGACUACGCAAAGAACGGUGUAAUAUCCUUUGUGUGGGGCAUCAAGGGGGCUGACUUCACCGACUUCGACGUCUACUGGCCUUCCAGGACCCCUCCGACGGCCCAGUUCGACCUCGCCUUCGACGUCACCACCGCGGAGGCACACGCCGAGAUUCUCGCGGUCUGCGCCGAGAUGCAGACGCUCAAGUGCGAGCUGGAAGGCUGCGCCGGCUACGGGGACACCUUGAUGAUAAGCUCCUCGCAGAAGGCCUAUUCGUGCUUCCUCGAGGACCUGAUGGACUGGCGGGCGAACCGGACAGGCGUCAGCCAGCCCCUGCCCACUGGCGACGCUUUCAUCCAGGAGCUGCGGGACUUCGUCGCAGAGGACCCCUCGGAGUUGUAUUCCUCCCCGGUGUGCGAGGCGGACUACAGCACCGACAUCGGGUUCAUCGAUGGGGAGUUGAGGUACGUGUCCGUCAAGAUUCGGGGGCGCACGGCCGAAGACAUGCCGUACUCCGCCGGCAUCAAGGUCCAUGACCUCAUCCAGGAGUUCGUGGACCGGCGGAAGGCCGGCGCGCCCGUUGGGUUGAAGAGCAUGUUCAUGGUCUGCGACGGCCUGUUCUCCUUUUACGACCUGUCCGAGGGCCUGCUGAACGGCUUCAUGUCCGGUAUAUCCAUUGCGUUUCCGCUGUCAUUCCUCGUGUUGUUGCUGUCGACCUGGAACUUUCUGAUCGCCCUCUACGCGGUUAUCUGCGUAGGCGGCAUUGUGGUCUCGGUGCUCGGCUUCUGCAAGAGCAUCAUGGGUUGGGACCUGGGUAUCGGCGAGGCCAUCGCUGGCGUCAUCGUCAUCGGCUACGCGGUGGACUACGUGGUCCACCUCGCGCACAUCUACUGCGAGGCGAGGGCAUACGGUCAUGAGACUAGGGACGCCCGGGCGAACUUCGCGGUGAAGAACAUGGGCUCCACUAUCUUCGCUGGCGCAGUGACGACUGCUGGCGCAGGAGCUGUCAUGUUCUUCUGCUACUUCACCUUCUUCGUCAAGAUGGCGACGCUGAUAUGCCUGACGAUCAUGUUUUCGUUCGUGUACUCCAUGGGUCUCUUCGUGGCCGUUCUCUGGCUGGCCGGGCCAGAG